AUGCCCGCCACCACAAUGAAGCAAUGGACAAUCACCUACCCAGACAAGAACAUCUCCGGCAUGCGCAUGUCCAAGGUCCCUCUGCCCAAAACAGGACCCCAUGAAGUCCUGCCCAUUGUCCCAGUCUCCGACGGUGCAGGCGUAGUUAUCGAAGUCGGCUCCAAUGUCAGAGAAUUCAAACAAGGUGACAAAGUAAUGACCAUAUUUAACCAGGGUCAUCAGUACGGCGACAUAACUCCUUAUGCUGCAUCCACUGGAGUCGGGGGCACAAUUGAUGGCGUGCUCCGUCAGUACGGUGUCUACAAUGAGUCCGGACUUGUGAAAGCCCCCCGAAAUCUGACUACCUUGGAAAGCAGCACACUUCCAGGCGCGGCACUUACAGCCUGGAAUGCGUUGUAUGGGCUUAAGCCUAUCAGGCAGUGGGUGAUAGUUCAGGGAACUGGAGGUGUUGGUGUCUUUGGGCUCCAGCUGGCCAAAGCUGCAGGAGCGACUGUCAUUGCUACCACGUCUUCAGAGGAAAAGGCUUCACGGUUGAAGGAGCUGAAGGCGGACCAUGUUAUUGAUUAUCGCGAUCAGCCAAAUUGGGGUGGUGUUGCUCGGCAGCUCAGUCCGAAUCAAGCUGGGGUUGAUUAUGCUCUGGACAUUGGGGGUACGGAUACAUUGGAACAGAGUUUGGAGUGCAUCGAGAUGGAGGGGAUAAUCAAUCUGAUUGGUUUUCUGGGUGCUGGUGAUAAGCCUCAACCGGGGAUUUUGGACGCUUUGAACUAUGUCUGCACUGUUAGGGGGUUGUUCGUGGGUAGCCGUGCUAUGCUAGUUGAUACGGUGCAAGCUUUCGAGGGGAACAAUAUCCGUCCUAUGAUUGAUGGACGGAUUUUCGGAUUCGAAGAGGGGAAGGAGGCGUUUGAAUAUCUGGCAGCUCGGAAACAUUUCGGUAAGGUCGUCGUGCGGGUUGAUUAG